AUGGCGCUUGCUCUGGGCGUGCCGCAGGUCUUCACCCCGCCCGCCGCCGAUCAGCUCAUGGCCUUGGACCCCACCGCACCGCGGGUGAAGGUCCUGGCUCCCGGCUGCGAGUUGCGGCUCAUCGUCGACGACGACAAGCAUGCCAGGGUGAAGCUGCUGCCGGAGCAGGUGCCCAACCCCCGCCCGGGACAGCCGGCCGAGACAAGUGCAGAGAUCUUUGGGGCAGAGUUGGUGGCUGGGCAGGACUAUCCUUUGCUGGGUGGGUCCCGAACAGCCAUAUAUACAUGGCAUGGCUGCAAAGUCCAGGUGUCGGGCCCUACAGUGCAGGAGUACGAUGCUCCGAACGUCGUGAUGCGUGACUACCUGUGCUGCGCAGCAGUUCUCGAACAGCGCCGCAUGCGAGCCGACGAUUUGGGGCUGCCUGCUCCAAGAGUCUUAGUGUGCGGCAGCGCCUUCUCUGGGAAGAGCUCGCUUUGCCAGAUCCUCUGCAACUACGCGCUGAGACGGGAGCACACGCCCGUCUUCGUUGAACUAGACACGCGCUAUUCCAGCAUCCGCCAGCUGCAGAGCGUACCGGCGUGCGUUGCGGCCAUGACGGUGGAGCACGCGGCCGACGAGGAGCCCAUGAAUCGCAUCGCCUACUUCUACGGACAUCUUGAUUGGAGUGAGAAUCCCAGCUGGUAUCAGCGUGUGGUCUCGCAUCUGAGCCGAGUGGUUUCUGCCAAGCUUUCGCACGCCAGCUCCCGAGAGGGUGCUCGGACGAGCUCCUCGGGGUUGGUCGUGAAUGCACCUUACCAGCCCACUCCGGCACUGCUGCAGAAGAUCAUCGAGAUGUUUGAGAUCGAUGUCGUUCUGGUCUUGGACAGUGAAGCCCUUCACGCUGCACUCUGCAAGAUGUUUGCAGGGUGUCCAAAGAUCAACGGCGUGCCCAAAGUAGAGGUGGUCCUGCUUCCAAAGGCCGGAGGGGUGGUGCAAGCUGCCCAGAAGCGGAUUCGCUUCCUGCGGGCGCUCAGAGUUCGAGACUACUUCCACGGCGUGAUGCGGGACUUCAGCCCAUUCUCCGUGUUAGUGGAUCUGAGCGAUGUACAGCUUGUGCAGAUCGAGACCGCCACGCUCUCCGCCUCCAUGCUUCCGUUGGGCAAGGAGGCGCAGAAGUCGGUCGACUUCAUCGUCCGGCCGUUCAGUGGGCAGCCGGCCGAUCUGGAGCAUGCGCUGCUGGCAGUGGUACGGGCCAACAGCAUGAACGAGGUGCUCUUUGCGCCAAUGUGUGGCCUUGUCCUCGUGACGAAGGUCGAGGAAGCAGCGCUGCAGCUACUAUGUCCUGCCCCACCCCCUCUGCCUGCGCAAUACCUUGUGGCUGGCUGCCCAGAGAGCAUGUUGGUAGCUUCUUAG